AUGGCGGUGGACCGACGGAAGGUAGCUGUCUUUGGGGCGGCCUUUGUGCUGCGACUGCUUCUCAUUUGUCUCUUCCCAUCUUUGCCCGACUUACUUACUGGCCGAGUCGAGGUGUCCACCCCGGUCAACAGCUUCAAGCGACUACAAGAAGGCCUGUACCUCUAUACGCGCAAUGUAUCACCGUACGAUGGCGGUGUCUUCCACCAAGCACCCCUCCUCCUCCCUCUUUUCUCCCUCCUGCCCGACGUCAAUAGCAAUCCGAUCCCUACGGCUAUAUUCUAUUUCCUUGUCGAUCUAGUGAACGCGCAUGCACUGGCGACCAUCUCCGAGUCGGGCCAGUCGGUCCAGAGCCGAUUACACUCUGCCAUGCGGAAGCAUAUUCGGUGGGACGGGACUUCAGUGGCAGCAUGGUUUUUGUUCAACCCUUUCACGAUUGCAACAUGCUUGGCGCGGUCAACCAGCGUGUUUACCACGUCGGGAAUCCUGCUCGCGGUCUCGAAUGCCGUCAGUGGUAAUACUUUGAACGCGAUGCUUGCUCUCGGCUUGGCAUCCUAUCUUUCCAUGUAUCCCGCUCUGUUGUUCGUCCCGCUAGCCCUGCUCUGCUACGAUCAGCGAGCCCAAAAGUCCGCCCAGGCGCCCAGUUCUGGGCUGUUCAUCUUGCAGCACGGCGCCAUUCUGUCUGGUAGCAUUGCUGGACUACUCGGACUCUCCAUCCUCAUCACUGGCAACUUCUGGGAAUUCAUGUCGGCCACCUAUGGCUUCCACCUGCUGGUCCCUGACUUGACCCCCAACGUCGGCCUGUGGUGGUACUUUUUCAUCGAGAUGUUCGACUCAUUCCGCGAGUUCUUCCUUGGGGUAUUCUGGCUUCACCUGGCCAGCUAUGUUGGCGGAUUGACGGCGAGGCUCCGGCGACAACCGCUCUUCAUUAUCACCUCGCUCCUGGGUGUCUUUGCCGUGUUCAAGCCCUACCCCAGCAUCUCAGAUGCUUCGCUCUAUUUUGCGUUGCUGCCAUUAUAUCGGCAUCUUUUCCCAUUGAUGCGGUACACUUUCUUUGCCAUUUCGGCUCUUCUAUACUCGAGUCUUUUGGGACCUGCCUUCUACCACCUCUGGAUCUACGCUGGAUCCGGCAACGCCAACUUUUUCUACGCCAUUACUCUCGUGUGGAGUCUAGGACUAUCCAUCCUUCUGGCGGAUAGCAUCUUUGCUGCACUCAGAGACGAGUGGGAGCAAGAUCACCCCGAACGCAAGGGCCAGGAAGUAAAACAAGUCUAA